CACGCAAUCCCAAGCAGCCCGGUGCUUUGCCCAACUAUCGCUCAUUCUCCUGUCUAUUCUCUGCAGAUUCACUCAUUCGCAAGCACGGGACAUCUUUCACAAACGCUCUUUACUUUAAACAAGAUGGUUAAGUUCACGACUCUGUUUGGCGGUGCUGUCAUCAGUGCCAGCAGCAUCGCUUCCGCUGCGGUUCUCCCGCGCUCCCCCUUCACUCGCCCUCACGCCGCCUUUGACAACAACGGCGUUGUCGCCGCUACCAGCCCUGCCAUCAGCAUCUGGUACGACGCUGGCAGUGGCGAGAGCACAAACACCAAUCUCCUUCACACGUACACCUGCUACGAGGGCAACCCGCACACGAAGUACCCCCCUUCGGCCAAGGAAUGGCUCAGCUUUGAGAACCUGUGGAAGAUCAACGUGGCCGAGAUCCGCAAGUCCGAGGGCGAUGAGAACGUUCUGAAGGCCUUCAAGGAUGCUAUCAUCAAGGCGAGUGAGGAGACCAAGGUCGACAAGAGACUCAUCCUGGCUUUGGUCAUGCAGGAGUCCACGGGCAAUGUUCACGUGGCGCCCUCCUGGUCUGGCAACUGCGGUAUCUUGCAGGCUCACCCGCCUUGCAGCUCGUACAACGACUUGAUCAGCGGCGGUGCUUCGGCCGUCGACGCCAUCCACACGAUGCUCAUGGAGGGUCUUCAGGGCACGAGCUCUGGCUACCCUGGUCUGGCGCAAGCCCUCAACAACGGCUCCUGGAAGGGCAACCCGUUCCCCGGCAACCCGUACGCGGCCGCGCGUAUCUACAACUCUGGCAGCAUCGCCGAAACUGCCGCCGGCUCCCACGGCGUCCUUGACGUUAGCGUCGUUCAGGGCGACGUUGUUGCGUACGCGAACGAUGUUGCGAACAGGCUGAUGGGCUGGAACGGCGACGUCGCUGGCUGUACCAUCAGUGCCACGGCGUGCGGUCUGCGCAGCAUGAGCGAGUGCGUCUAGGCGCGAGGAUAUGAGGAACGAUCUGGAAGAAACGAACCAUUAGUUCGAAGCCUUUCUGUCUUAUAUGCUGUUUAAUUCUGUAAUUCAUAGCCUAAUAUGGGCUCGGACUGGCGCGGUGGAAAACUGUAACUCCC